CAACAUGCGUAUCCACAACUAACUCUUGUCAUGUGCAGUCUCAUUGUUAGACAUCCGUGUCGUGUAUGUUUUAUAUAUCGAUAAAGUCAACUAACUGGUCUAGUAGUCAUUUGAACAAGCCAGCAAGUUCUUGUAUGUGCACAUUCGAAUGUUAUUUUCUUUAUUUCUGUUGAUUCUUCUUCACUAUACCUCCACUCAUGUGACCUUAAUUGCCAGUGCCGAUAAUAACAGUUGAUUCGAUCGUCAUUAGAUAAUCGUGAUCAAUUCAAGAAAAAAGAUAGCUGUGCUGGAAGAUCAUAAUUAAGGUGCCCAUUGACCGAACGUGAGAAAGUGAUGAGAGAGACUGGGAGAAUAUAAGUCUAGCCAUCGGGAAAUUUAUUGAUUGUAUCGUAAUUGAUCGCCACGCCUCAACAAAAUACACCUCUUAUACGUUGUGAACAAUUUAACUCAAUGGAAAACAAAAUAGUUGGAAUAAUUUAAAUACUUUAUGGAGAUAAAAAAAAAAUGAAAUUGUUACAAAAGAAGAAAUUCACAUCUUUGUAUAGAAAAAUUAUCUAACUUUGUUAAACUAUGCAAAUUAUUUAACUGAUGGAUACUUCCUAGAAGCUACAGUGACGUUUUAAGAACAAAAAAGAUUAUUACACAACUUCUAUAUCGUAUAAACAAGGCAAAAUAAUCUGAUAAAAUCAUUUGAAAAGGAAUAGCUGUUGUAUAACUUCAACAAAGUGAGAUAGAAAACUUGGAAGAAAAAAAAUGAAAAAUUCUAAAAAAACGUUUUCAAAAUAAUUAUAAGGUAUUGUGUAUUCAUGAGAAUAGUCUUUAAUAAAAAAAUUGAAGAGAUUAGUUGAGUGAAAAGAAGAGAAAAUAUAGAAUUAUUUUCAUCAUGCACUAAAUACUUGACAAAUUAGCCACAACUAACAUUGAAAUCUCUCACAACAAUAUAAAACAGUCAAUUGGUUAAUGUAAAAGCGAAGAAUCUCAUUAAAUAUAAUGUUGAAAUUAUUUUAAGAUAAAAAUCAAAUCAACUGUUAAAACAAAAUAUAAAUCUUACCACAUUAUUUUCUAUCAUUUUUGACAUCAUUUACUAGAAUAACUUGGUUGGAAUUGAACGUUGAUUGUCAAGUCAGUAACGAGUAUCAUUAUUAUGUACUCACGACUAUACUUCAAAGGCAAUAGUACUACUUAUUACAUUUUUCAAGUUUAAAUUUAUCAUAUAGAGUCUUGAGAUAAUCAUCAAAUCAUUCUAUUAUGAAAACUAACUCAUUACUUGAGUUAAAGAAAUUGUUAAUCAAUUAUUUUAUUUACAAAUUUUUUUUUUUGUAAAUAUAAACCUAAUUGAUGAUUUCCCGGAUGAGUUGGUGGUACAGUGUAGGAAUGUGAUCGUCCGCCUAUACUAGUUGAAAUAAAAUCGACCUAACCGUUAGGUAUAGAAUCAAAUGACUUUACAUCCGCAAAUGUUUUCAAUCUGAGAACGUUCGCAUUUCACGAAAUCAUCAAAAUAUUUGAAGACCAGGAAAGGAGCUAAUGACGAGGCAAAGUUAUAGAGUGAUGUAGUAAGAAUAGAUAGUAAAAUUAAAAUACAUUAAAAUGGCUGUAAAACUAGUUCCAUUUGCACCAAUGAAUGGUUAAUAUUCAAUUUAUCAUUAUGUCAAUAUUAAAGUAACAAAUACAGCAGUGAAGUCAGAUUAAAUUUAUUCAUUAAAAAUGAAUAUUAUUUAGUUAUAUUAAAUAAAAGUAGCUCAAGAAAUAUAGAGCUGUUGAAUUGAAGUGUGUACAUGGGAUUGAUACCUGUUAGUGUAACAAUGAAAUUUGUUUACAUAUUAGUAACAAUAAUCCACGUGCUAUGAAUUGAGAAUUCGGAACGUUAGAUUAAAGGAGUACGAUUAGAGCAUUGAACUUAACAUUCCUUGAAUGUUGGAAUAAAAUACGCCAUUCUAAGGCACAUUCAGAACUGGCAGGCAGUCCAGGUGCAGUUAUAAUUAGAGCUAGCGGAUAGUUCAAGUGCGAAAGGGGCAAGCCGUUCGAGGUCUCGACGAUAUCCAGGCACGACGGCAAUUAUUGCGGUUCUACUUGAUCAGUAUCAUAAAUCUUGUCAUCUAAGAGUACAGCCAUCAACAAACAGCUGUUGUGUUUGCAUAUUCAAUUAUUCAAGAUAACAACAGACUAUUUUGGUUUCAAUGUAGAUAAUAAUACAGAAUUUAUACAAUCAUGGAUUCAACAGAUGGUAAGAAUAGAGAUAUUGGACAAGAAACUAAAAUUGCUCGGUUAAAAUUUUUAAUGGGAUUAAAUGCUGAUGAAACUAAUUAUGAAAAUUCUAAUAUAGAAGUAGUAAGCAUUGAAAAAACAUUAGAAGUAAAUACCAUAAAUGAUAAUAAUAUUGAUAAUAGAAAUAUUUUAUAUAAAAAUGAUGUUGAAAUAGCUUUUAAUAAUAGUAUUAGUAAGAGUUGUGAACACGUUUCAGAUAAUUCUCUACCGAUUUUACCUUCAAGAAGUUCUGAGAAAGAAAAUGUGGUAAAAAAUGAUCUAAAAUCCAGAAGAAGACACAGUAGCACCAUUGAGAUUACUGCUAAGACAAAUGUGCAAACAGGUCAAGAUGGUAUGCCAAUAAUUAGUUUCAGCUUUCUUCAUGAUGAUGAAAAGAAUGAACUAUGGAAUGGAAAAAAUCAUCAGAUUGAAAAUAAUGAAAAUAAUACUCAAGAUAAAAAUAUAACGGAACUUUAUGAUUUUCCUAAACACAGUCAUCCAAGUAGUAAUAGACUUUCUGAGCUAGAAGGUUGUGAACAACAAACUGAAACUUUUAAUUCAAUUGUAUAUCAAGCCUCAACAGAUUAUGACCAGCCUAAUUAUGAUCUUCCAAAACAAUGCCAAGUUUCAUUGAAUUGUGAUGACAAUAAAACACCUAAAGAGCCAAUUAUUACAAAUGAACAAAUUUCAAUGAAUCAUGAUGAACAUUUAAAUGAUGAAGUAGCUAGUGAAGAUGGACUGUAUGAAACAUUACGUUCCAAAGAAGAUACUGAUGUAAUUUCUGAUAUAAAAAAUACUAAUAAUAAAAUUCCAGAGCAUUUAAUAUUUGAAUUAAAUCCAAGAAAAUCAAGUGUAAACAUUCCAGUGAGUGUUUCUGAAGCAGAAAGACGUAAGAAGUAUCAUAUAGCUAAAGCAUGGCACAAAAUGCAACGAUGGUUACGAGAAGAAAAAAUAAAAUUAGGUGAAGUGGUGCAGAGACAUGCAAAGAUGCAAGCAGUAGGUGCAGUACAAGCUAAUUGUGAUCAAGAUUCAUCAUCUGUUGGCCGAUGUGGAUUUUAUGAUCUUGUAGCAGCACGUGCAAGGGAAUUUGGAUCAGUAGUGCAGGAAGUUGAAGAGCCUGGAAUUGUUUCAAAGUCUGAUGAAACAGCCAAGCUUAAAUUGGAAGAAGAUUUCCAGGUAAUUUCGCACGACUCCGAGAUCCGGAAGACGGUGGAAUGCCUUCAAGAUGAUGUUGAGAAAGUACAGGUUGAAAAAAAGUCACCGGAAAUAGUGUGUGUAAAGCAACGGAAACGAAUCGCCAGUUCGGAAAAUAUCGUCAGUGAAAGAAGAUUAAAAUUAGCACCAGUAUCAUUUAGUCUGGAUAAAUUGAGUGACAUUGAUGGCAACAAUCAAAAAGAUGAGAAAGAAAAAAACAACUCUAGAACAGCUAUGGCUGCAACUAAGGAUGUGAAAUUAUAUGUGGGGAAAGGUGAAGGAUUGAUCAAGCGACGAAUGCUCGGGUCAAUAAGAGGAUUAAUGGCAUCAACUCAUCUACUUCAUCAGCAUCACGACAUUGAGGAGACUGGCCCAGGUGGUUUCGAAGAUAUAAGACGAUAUGUUAAACAAGGCGGUGACUUUUGUAAGGAACUGGCAUCAAUUUUACAUGAAAGAGCUGAAUUGGAGGCAUCAUAUGCUAAAGGGUUGAGUAAAUUGAGUAGUAAAUUGACAAAAGCUUGUUCCAAAGAUCAAGGUGGAAACAGUACUGGCGGCGUCAACGAAGCGUGGAGGAAUGUUGGUGAAGAGAUGGAGGCUGCUGCAGAAGCACAUAGAGUUUGGGGAAUUGCUUUAAGUGAACAGCUAGCUAAACCUUUAAGAGUGGGUGUAGCAGAAGCUCAAGGGCGAUCAAGGAAGUCUAUAGAAAGUUCUGUAGAUAAAGCAUCUAAAUCAUUGCAAGAAUGGCGCAGUAUUGCAGCCAAGAGCAAAAAGCAAAGCUUCACAUGUGCACGCGAGAACGAGCGACUACAGGACCUUGCGAGGAUACAAUCGAUCAGCCAGAGCCAACAGAACAAUAAUAAGACUUCGAGUCACCACAUGACUGAGAAAGAGGUCAAUAAACUUGAAAAUAGACGGAGAAAGGCUGAGGACGCGUCACGUAGAGCAGACACGGAGUUCUAUACUGUUAGUGUGAGAGCUGAGAGAGCAAGGCUAGAGUAUGAAAGUACAGUGAGAAAAGGUGCAAAGCAAAUGGAAUUAUUAGAAGAAGAAAGACUCAGUGCUCUAAAAGACUUGGCUAAUGUUUAUUUAGCUCAUCUUCAAGCCCUUGCACCUCGUCUUCAACAGAGUGCUGAUCGUCUAGCUACGCCUGUACGUAACUGUAGUGUAUCUCAAGAUGUUGAUAUUCUCAAGAAUCUAAUUAGGCGUAUGGACAGUAAUGAUGCAGCAAGCGUAGAUCAGUUACUACCUGAUUUUUAUGCUGAACAUGUGACCUUAGCUAUGAAUAGAGAAAGAAGGAAACAAGCUCUUGUAAGAGUGCUGCAUCUAAUUAGACAGGACUUGGAAAGGGAGAGGCGAGGUAGAGAUGGCUUAGAGACAUUACAUAGAGCAUUUAUUCAAACUCCUGCUUUCGCAGCUGACGAAAGUACUCAAAAUGUUAUGGAUAAACUUCAUCACAUGCGGUCAAUGUUAACUUAUUUAGAAGCAGCAAGGUAUAAAGUCGGUGGUGCUCUUGCUGAAGUUGAAGGUGGUAAAAAAGGUAAACAUCCAUUAGCUGAACAUAUUUUAGUAUCAAGAGAUAAACAGGGACUUCAACAGAGUGUCUUAAAAAUGCCACCAUGGGCUAAAAAUGAAUCAUUUGAAUUACCGGAUGUCGACGAAGAUAUUGAGGACAUUCAUUUAAGUAAAGAUCAUGAGGUUGAUCAUCAUGAAUGGAUUGAUAGAACUGCAGGUGAUGGUAAUUCUGAAAAUCCACCUGAUGAAGAAGAUUUUAGCGAUUUUGAUGAGUUUAGUAGUCAAUCUGAAGAUAAUAAUAAUAAUCAAGAAGUAGACGUUGUUGAUAUCACGUCAGAGAAGUGUGAAAAAAUUGAACAAUGCCGAGCUAUUUAUCAGUACUCAGCGAACUUGAAUGAUGAAUUAAGCCUUACACCAGGUGAUUUAAUUACAAUUCAUCAAAAACAAGCAGAUGGUUGGUGGAUAGGAGAGUGCGGUGGUAAAACUGGAAUUUUUCCAGCUACUUAUGUACAAGUUAUUCAUUAAAUAUCAUAGAAAACCAUUAGUUUCACAUCCAGAAAAUGCGUUUACUCAUGACUAAUAAUGCCUUUAAACACAUUAGUGCCAAUUGCCUGGAUCGAUCGAAGAAUG